AGUGUGUCAAACUCUAGUAGUAGAUGUAGUGUAAUAGAAAAUUCUUCAAAGCCAGAAAAAAAAGUCUUAACAAGUUGCAGUGUGUUAAACUCUUCUAGUAGUCAAACUAGUAGUAGUAGAAAAAAAAGUCGUUCUUGCAAUGUGUCAAACUCUAGUAGUAGCAGUAGCAGUAGUAGUCAAAAAACGCGUUCUUGCAAUGUGUCAAACUCUAGUAGUAGUAGUAAAAAGUAGAAAAAGUCGUUCUUGCAGUGUGUCAAACUCUAGUAGUAGUAGUAGUAAAAAUAAUUCAGAAAAAGUCGUUCUUGUACUGUGUGUCAAACUCUACUAGUAGUAGUAGUAGUCUUCUAGUAGUGUGUCAAACUCUACUAGUGUGUCAAACUCUACUAGUAGUAGUAGUAGUUGUUGUAGUAGAAAAAAGUCGUUCUUGCAGUGUGUCAAACUCUACUAGUAGUAGUAGUAGUAGUAGAAAAAAGUCGUUCUUGCAGUGUGUCAAACUCUACUAGUAGUAGUAGUAGUUGUUGUAGUAGAAAAAAGUCGUUCUUGCAGUGUGUCAAACUCUACUAGUAGUAGUAGUAGUUGUUGUAGUAGAAAAAAGUCGUUCUUGCAGUGUGUCAAACUCUACUAGUAGUAGUAGUAGUAGAAAAAAAAGUCGUUCUUGCAAUGUGUCAAACUCUAGUAGUAGUAGUAGUAGUAAAAAAGUCGUUCUUACAAUGUGUCAAACUCUAGUAGUAGUAGAAAAAAGUCGUUCUUGCAGUGUGUCAAACUCUAGUAGUAGUAGUAGUAAAAAAGUCGUUCUUACAAUGUGUCAAACUCUAGUAGUAGUAGUAGUAGAAAAAAAGUCGUUCUUGCAGUGUGUCAAACUCUAGUAGUAGUAGUAGUAGAAAAAGGUCGUUCUUGCAGCGUGUCAAACUCUAGUAGUAGUAGUAGAAAAAGGUCGUUCUUGCAGCGUGUCAAACUCUAGUAGUAGUAGUAGAAAAAAGUCGUUCUUGCAGUGUGUCAAACUCUAGAAGUAGUAGUAGUAGUAGAAAAAAGUCGUUCUUGCAGUGUGUCAAACUCUAGAAGUAGUAGUAGUAGUAGAAAAAAGUCGUUCUUGCAGUCUGUCAAACUCUAGUAGUAGUAGUAGUAGUAGAAAAAAGUCGUUCUUGCAGUCUGUCAAACUCUAGUAGUAGUAGUAGUAGUAGAAAAAAGUCGUUCUUGCAGUCUGUCAAACUCUAGUAGUAGUAGUAGUAGUAGUAAAACUCGUAGUUAGUAGUAGUUCUUGCAGUCUGUCAAACUCUAGUAGUAGUAGUAGUAGUAAAAAAAAAGUCGUUCUUGCAGUCUGUCAAACUCUAGUAGUAGUAGUAGUGUCAAACUCUAGUAGUAGUAAAAGUAAAGUCGUUCUUGCAGUCUGUCAAACUCUAGUAGUAGUAGUAGUAGUAGAAAAAAGUCGUUCUUGCAGUCUGUCAAACUCUAGUAGUAGUAGUAGUAGUAGUAGUAGUAGUAGAAAAAAGUCGUUCUUGCAGUCUGUCAAACUCUAGUAGUAGUAGUAGUAGUAGUAGUAGAAAAAAGUCGUUCUUGCAGUCUGUCAAACUCUAGUAGUAGUAGUAGUAGAAAAAAGUCGUUCUUGCAGUCUGUCAAACUCUAGUAGUAGUAGUAGUAGUAGUAAAAAAAGUCGUUCUUGCAGUCUGUCAAACUCUAGUAGUAGUAGUAGUAGUAGUAGUAGUAAAAAAAGUCGUUCUUGCAGUGUGUCAAACUCUAGUAGUAGUAGUAGUAGUAGUAGUAGUAGUAGAAAAAAGUCGUUCUUGCAGUCUGUCAAACUCUAG